ACACCUGCUGGGUCUCACCUCGUCCCCCAUCCCCUGCCAGACUCUCCCCUGCCUGCUGGGUCCCUCUUCACCCCCCCUUUCUUCCGAGACACCUUCCUGGUCCCACCUCGCUCCCCCACCCUCCGUGUCCCACCUCACCCCCCCGUUCUCUACAAGACCCUCUCCGGGGUUCUGGCUUGUCCCCCCUCCCCCGCCAGACCCCCGCCGCCUGCCAGGUCCCUCCUCACCCCCACUUCCCUUUGAGACCCCCACCCUGCCAGCCGGGUCAUGCCUCGUCCCCCUCCCCCACUAGACCCUCCUCUGCCUGCUGGGUCCCUCCUUACCCCACCUUCCUUGGGAGAUCCCCUCCCGGGUCUCGCCUUGCUCCCUCACCCCAAACAGACCCGCCCGCCGGGUCCUACCUCACCCCACACCUUCCCUGUGAGACCCCCUCCCCUGCCCGCCAGGUCCAUCCUCGCCUGCCAGGUCCCUCCUCACCCCCUCUUCCUGGCAAGACCCCAUCCCUGCCAGCCAGCCAGGUCCUGCCUUGCCCCGUCAGAACCCCCCCGACCUGCCGGGUCCCUCCUCGCCCCCCUCCAGUGCCAGACCCUCCCCCGGCCGCCGGGUCCCUCCUUACCCCCCCUUCCCUGCGAGAACUGCCUCCCCGCCUGCAGAGUCCCACCUCACCCCCCUCCCUUACCUUACCCCCCCCCCCUGCACCUACCAGGUUCCUCCUCACACCCCCUUCCCCUUGAGACCCCGCUGGCCUGCCUGGUCCCUCCUCAUUCCCCCUCCCUCACAAGACUCCCUGUCCACUCUGUCCCUCCUCAUCCUAUCCCUCUCCCCAGGGAGAAGGGGGAAGAGGAGAGGAGAGAUGGGGUGAAGGGGGGGGAGCCUGGGGCUGGAGAGGCGAGGCAGGGAGCUAGCCUCCCCCAGGAGAAGCUUCAUCCUCCACCCAUGCUUUCCCUGUCUCUGCCACUUCCCUCUCAAAUGCUGAUAGAAAUUCCCUCUAGUGCUUCCCCUGUUCUCUCCCUGUCUGGCAGACUCUAGGGUGUCUCUCUGCAGGAAAAGGGCCUGGGGGAAUUGAGAUGUGAAAUGAACUAAAGCCUGUUCUGAAACCUCCACAACUGCCCUUCUCGCCCUGCCAGGCUGCAGAACGAUGCCCACGUCUCGCUCCAGCUCACCCUGUCCUCCCACGGGACAGGGGAGAGAAAUGCCAGCUCAGGGGCUGGUGACCUUCGAGGAGGUGGCUGUGUAUUUCACCAGGGAAGAGUGGGCUCUGCUGGACCCCGCUCAGAGAGCCCUCUGCAGAGACGUCAUGCAGGAGAACCAUCAGAAUGUGACCUCGCUGGGGUUUCCCAUUUCCAAACCUGAUGUGAUCUCUCAGCUGGAACGAAGGGAGGAGCUGUGGGUCCUGGAUCUCCAGGGCUCUGAGGAAGGAGAGAUCCCGAGAGGCGCCUGCGCAGCAGGUGCUGGGAUGGUGAAUGAGAACGAGGAGCUGACUCCGCAGCAGGAAGAUGCUGAGCAAGUGGAAGCGUGCAGGGGAUUAUCCCAAGGAUCCAAAGGGAAUGUGUCCAGGCGUGGUGUGAAGGGGAAAGCCUGUGAGAGCCAGCACAGGCCGGACAGGCAGCAGGGAAACCAGCUCAGGGAGAAAGUGGGCAAAUCCAUUAAUUGUCAGGGGCCUCACCAGGACUCCCAGGAAAUCACAGACCAGCAGGGAAUACCUACAGAAGAGAGAAAAAACACAUGCACUGAGUGUGGGAAACACUUCACUCUGAACUCCACCCUCGUUAGACAUCAGAGGAUCAACACGGGAGAGCACCCCUACCAAUGCUGUGAGUGCGGGAAACAGUUCAGCGAGAAAUCAAACCUUAUUACACAUCAGACAAGCCACACAAGAGAGAGACCCUAUGAGUGCUGUGAGUGCGGGAAAAGCUUCACUCGGCACUCAUCCCUUACUAGACAUCAGAGGAUCCACACCGGGGAGAGACCUUAUGAGUGCUGUGAGUGCGGGCAAAAGUUCACUCAGCGCUCAGUCCUUAUUAAUCAUCAGCGAAUGCACACAGGAGAGCGCCCCUAUACGUGCUGUGAGUGCGGGCAAACAUUCGCUCAGAGCUCAGCCCUGUUUAAACAUGAGAAGAUCCACACGGGAGAGCGCCCCUAUGAAUGCUCUGAGUGCGGGAAACAGUUCAGUGAGAGAUCAAGCCUUAAUAAACAUCAGACAAGUCACACAGAAGAGAGACCCUAUGAGUGCUGUGAGUGUGGCAAAAGUUACACUCGGAGCUCAUCCCUUAUUAGACAUCAGAGGAGCCACACAGGAGAGAGAUCGUAUCAAUGCUGUGAGUGCGGGAAAAGUUUCACUUUCAAAUCAAACCUUAAUAUACAUCAGAGAAUUCACACAGGAGAGCGCCCCUAUGAAUGCCGUGAGUGUGGGAAAAAAUUCACUUGGAGCACAGCCUUUCGUAAACAUCAGAGAAUCCACACAGGAGAGCAGUCCUAUGAAUGCCGUGAGUGCAGGCAAAUGUUCCCUCAGAGCUCAGCCCUUCUGAAACAUCAGAGAAUACACACAAGAGAGAGACUCUAUGAGUGCUGUGAGUGCGGGAAAAGCUUCACUCGGAGCUCAUCCUUUAUUAGACAUCAGAGGAUUCACACAGGAGAGAGACCGUAUCAAUGCUGUGAGUGUGCGAAAAGCUUUGCUUUCAAAUCAAACCUUAAUAAACAUCAGAGGGUCCACACAGGAGAGCGCCCCUACAAAUGCUGUGAGUGCGGGAAACAGUUCAGUGAGAAAUCAAACCUUAUCACACAUCAGAUAGGCCACACAGGAGUGAGACCCUAUGAAUGCUGUGAGUGUGGGAAAAGCUUCACUCAGAGCUCAGGCCUCUUUCAUCAUCAGCGAAAGCACACAGGAGAGCGACCCUAUAUAUGUUCUGAGUGCGGGAAAGCAUUUCCUCAUAACUCAGGCCUUAUUAAACAUCAGAGGAUCCACACAGGAGAGAGACCUUAUGAGUGCUCUGAGUGUGGGAAAAGCUUCACUGAGAACUCAUCCCUUACUAGACAUCAGAGGAUCCACACAGGAGUGAGACCAUAUGAAUGCUGUGAGUGCGGGAAAAGGUUCAGUUUCAAAUCAGACCUUAAUAACCAUCAGAGGAUCCACACAGGAGAGCGCCCCUAUGAGUGCUGUGAGUGCGGGAAACAAUUCACUUGGAGCACAGGGCUUAUUAUUCAUCAGAGAAUCCACACAGGAGAGCGCCCCUAUGAAUGCUGUGAGUGCGGGAAAAGCUUCACUCAGAGCUCAAGUCUCAUCAAUCAUCAGAGGAUCCACACACAAGAGCAGCCUGUGAAUCCUGUGAAAGCGGGAAAAGUUUCAUCCGGAGCUCGCACCUUAAUAGACAUCAGCGAUUUCACAGGCUAGAGACACACCAUAAAACUUUGUGUAGGGCAGAGAAAAGAUUUUUUUAAAGACAUUUGCUAAUUCCCACAUAGAGACUUUUUAGGGCUGUUUGCACCAUUUGCAUCACCCUCUUCUCUCAGCUCCCCCAGGUGAGUUGCCUGCUUUUCCUUUGGAGGUCGCCCUUCUCUGGGGUGAAUCCUGUGGUCCUUUCUACCAACUCCCUUCUCCUGCGAGUCAUCAUGGGAGUGUGUCCCUCCUGCCAGGAGUGUCCGUCAGCCCCAGGUGGGGGAAAUAGGGGUGACCUCAAGUAGCUACACUGAGCGAAAAUCAACCUGGGCUUUGUCUCCACUAGGAUUUUCCAUGGGGUCGGCCUGCUGGAGGUGGCGAUCCUAGUGCCAACACCCCGCUGUAUGUGCCGUGCUGACACAGCCCAGGCUGGGGUUAGCUCGCACCUUCCCCUUUGACCUGUCCUAAUCGACACCAAUUUUCAUAGUCUAGACAGGCCCUGAGCAUCACGUGUAUAUUGUCACCCCACCAGCAGAGCGAGUGUUAGUCACCAGGUUCCCCCUUUGGUGACAGAUUGUUUCAUUCCCAGUCGUUCUCACGCUGGUCCAAGUUGUGCUGGGCAGCAGUUUUUUUCUUUUUACCAUUUCCCUUAUUGAAAAUCUAUUUCAAUAUAACAAAGAGGAGGAGCAGGAGUGGGACAAAUGUAUCAUUUCGGCCUCUACGACACCGGAAGGAAAUGGAGUGAGUCGACGGGAUUCCCUCCUUCCCCAUCACCGUCACUAGGCCCGCUCACACCAGCAGCGCUGGCGUCCGUCUGAGCCACAGUGGAGCUUAUCCACCUAUAUUCUACCCCUCCACCUUCCAGAGAGUCUCUGCACUUCAUAGCAAAUUGAUCCUAAAUCCAACUCGUUCGGGCUGGAGAUGAAAGUGUUGCAGACCUGGAUCAGGAAUUCCAAUGGAUCUCAAACACAGUGUGUUUAAAUCCCCGUUUAAAUCCCAGUUUCUGUCUAUUGACAGAGCAACUUCUGGGCUUUUCCCUGCUGAGCUGAGACUGUUUGAAGAUGAGAAGGUCGGCAGUUUUUUCCUAUUAUGAUGAAGCUUUUUUUUUUUUCUAAAUAACAUGACUCCAUAAUAAUGAAGGGCUGUUGAGUGAAUCAGGUGUGAAUGGUUCAGAGGAGAAGGCGACAGGGGAAUCUGUUCUCCUGAUUUUUGAGUCAUCAGAUGUAACCUGCUCUGGAAUUUCAUUUUGUAUGAAAAAGAAUGUGACUUACACCGCUCUUUGUUGUGGGAUUUCUCUCUCUCCUGAAGGCCAUUUGAUCACAUAAUUUAAUAUUAAUUUAGUUGUCCAGGAUGUAGCUCAGAUUUAUCUGGGACUUUGGGAGAAAAUGACUGUUUGCUAAAAUAGUGCUUUCUUAUUUUAUUUUUGUCUUUCCCGCACCGCUGCAUGAGGACAUGGAAGAAGCUCAAGUGCAGUUCACUCACCAGGAGAGGAUGCUCUGAGCCAUCGGGUGUGCUACCAAGGAAACAGUAGUGGGUUUAGGUCUCCACUCUGAAAUGGUGAAGAACAGCGUGCCCCAGAUUGUGCAACUAACUGAAGUAACUGGGGGCGUGUGGCCUAUGAUUUAGGAAAUGCUGUCCUUGUCUGUGUUGAUGUGGAGAAACCAGAAAUGGCAUUUUUGAUGAACUUGCCCUUGGUAGAUGCUGCAAAUGUGCAUUGAAAUGAAAUCAGUGUUGUAUGUGGGAUAGCUGCAGAAUACGGGGAUUCUGAUGCUGGAGUGUUUCUAGUCCCUAACUUAGACCUGUGCUACCGGAUUAAAGAAAUAAAUUGGCUGUGUUUGGGGAAGUCAUUCCUCACUAACACUGCUCAUAAUUUGGGUGGUUUUGUAAAGGAUUCUAUUCCACAGGAGUGUUAAUGUACCCUGACGAGGCCAAGGAUUUGGCAAGAACUCCGUUUGAUACAGCAGACACCCAGUAGUUGAUUUUCGCCCCAGAGAGGAAGCUGUGUUGAACUAUGGUCCAGGUAAAACUUUUUGUUUGUUUUUAACACCGUUCCCUAAUUCACUGUCACUGAUUAGAGUCCCAAAUGUUACCAUGGCUCGAGUGGAAGGUCCUUCACUAUUUGGAUCCAUGGUUCUUUGAGACAAAGUGAGAACUAGCUGAUGCCUUCAGAGGAGAUUCCUGCCCCAGCCUGAUUGAGCACCAAGGACUUCCAUGUUGUUUGAUUCCCUCAUCCAUUACUGUCAUUCUGUGUGUCAGACUCCAGUUUCAGACUGCUGGAUAGACAAAUGUUGAGUCCUGAUUCUAUGCUGUUGUCACUUAGUUUUGCUCUUGUGUCUGAUUCAGUUGUACCACUUCGCAUGCACCUCCUGAUACUUCAAAAGAUUGGAAGGUGUGGAUAUAGAGCUGAGGUCCUUUUUCUCAUGAUGCAAACCUUCCCCCAUAGCAGGAGACCCCUUCCACCAACACUUACAUCAGAAGGAGCAGAGAUAAAUGAACUCUCAGGUGUGGAAAGCUCCUAUGCUGGUGUAGACCACAUUUACACAGUGCUCACGUGGUGGAAAUGGGGCUUAAAAUGAAACUAACCUGUAUGAUAAGAUUUCAUAAUCUUUGACUAUGUUCUUUUUACCAGUGAAAAUGAAGUUAAUUAUUGGUUAAAGCCUAAUUUAGUGAUAACCUGAAUUAUAGUGGAACACUGUGACUUACAUUGGUUUGUUUUUUGUUAUCCACCACUUCCUAUAUUACUAACCUUAAAAAGUUUAUUUGAUGUAAAACACCCUUUGGACUAAGGGGCUCUGAAGUACAAUAUCCCUCCAAGGCUGAGAUGGGGGAACGUAAGAGAGAAAUAGUGUACUGGAGAACAUAGACACAGACAUCAGCUCUUUCUAUUUCAAAUGUAAUUUGUUUUGACAAGCUCUAAAGUAAAAUCACUUAAGGAGACAAGUUGUGUAACCUUUUACCCAAUUAGACUGUAUGGGUCACUGAGUUCCCCUCUUCUCUGCAAAGCGAAGAGUAUAAUGUCUGUCAGGAGAUGGCCACGGUUCUUUUUAUGAAUGAUAAUGGAAGCAUGAGGCAAGAGGUAGUUUGGUUUUGUGUGUUGGGGAGGAGGGAGUUGGCUGCCCAUUAUUUUUAUGGGAGCUGAGACCCCUUUUCGUUUUUUAAGGAAGCCCAUUGUCACAGCUCAGCCUUUUAACCCUCAAGCCAGGCUAUGGAAACCUCCCCAAAACUGUCCUUAGAUGUCAUUCAUUUUUGAGAUCUUUGGGAUUCAGCCCUCCACAGUGCAUGUGGUUCACAGCAACCAGUAUUUUAACAAAACUGUGUGUUUAAUGGGACUUUUCCAAACUGACGAUAGCCUGAAGUCAGCCUCACUUGAAAUGGAUCAGGCCACAUUGUCUGUACCAAUGCAUAAUUCACACCUGAUUUGCCUGGUGACUUCAGGGGAGUGACCACAAUGUGGGGUGAUCUGGAAUUGUCAACCAUGAAGACCAAGGUAAAGGUGGAAGCCCUUUUGCACCAGGAACCUGUCUAAGAAAGACAUUCCAGGACUCCCAGACCGAUCCCGUCUGGAGAAGGAAGUUGUAACAUCAACACCAGGCUGUGCCAGCCUUGACCUGUCUCCUCUUACCUGAGAGCACUUGCGAAUGUGGAGUAUUGAGCCGGCGACCCCAUCGCCUGGUUCCUUGACUGCAGCUCUAGAUCCUACUCCGUGGAAGUCCAAAGAGCUGCAGAGUUGGAUUCAUUUGUCAGUUUCAAUAUCUGAUUGUUACUUGUUCUAGUUUUUAUCAACUGGGAGCCAUUCCAUCCUUCCUGUUCUACUCCGGUGGUACAGUGGGGUCAGUGCGUGCAGGUGUGUAUGAAACCUGUCGCAUCCAUGCAGGAAAGGAGCUAAAAGGAAUAAUUCCCAAACCUAAAUAAUCCUAAAAUGCUGCCCUACAAUGUCAGUGCACACAUGCUCCUCGUUCUGUGAAAGUGGUCAAAGAACCUAAGCUGUCGGAUACAUACUGUUAAAAUUCUGUGUAUUAAGGUCUGUGUCCGUAUUAAGGUUUUUAUCUAUAGAAGCCACUGGGAGAAGGUUAGCCACAGACUGGUGAGAUCUAAGGUGGAAGCUCUGAAGUUGUGGCUUAAAUGUGAACAAUAAUUUGGUGUUAGAACUGAAAUAUUCAAGCAGCUGAGUGUGGAUCGCACGGCCUGGGUGAAGUUCUGUGAUUGGGAUUAAUAACUAAAUGGACAGCUGCCUCCUCGGUUCCUGUUUCAGGAUUUAACAAAGGUUCAUUUUCUGCUGUAUUGUUGUGAUAAUUUGGCUAAAGUGAUGACUUGAGUCCAAAGCAAGAUCGUUAUUCACUGACGGAUUUUCUGAUCUGACCUGAACGUGAUCACUGUGUUGUACACUCGAGAGCUAGCUGGGUGGUGUUAAUAGUUUAGGGUUAGUGAGCUGUGUUCUUCAUUUUAUUUGUUUCUUCAUUUUAAUUAAAUGUAUAAAAGGGA